CACUUCCUAGGCGAGCACACUUACAGUACGACCGUAGUCGACUGCAGUGCAUUGACGUUUGGUAGGCUAGUUACCAUGAUGAAAUGCGUCUUACUACUACUUUUCUCUGCAAGUGUUGUAUAUACAAGUUCAUCGACCGCUCAUGAUGGACCACUGAUCCACACCAAGCUGGGAGCCCUCAGAGGCGAGUACUUGCGAGUGAGGGGAAAGACGACAGUGGUGCACUCGUACCUGGGCGUGCCCUUUGCUAAGCCACCUGUGGGACCCCUCAGGUUGGCCCCACCCCAACCUGUCCAGGGAUGGGAGGGAGUCAGGGAUUCCACCAAGCAACCACCCAUGUGUCUACAAGAUCGACAGAUAUCUCUGUUCUUGUCAAAAGAAUACAACAUGGUUAUGGAGAUUCCUGAGGUGUCUGAGGAUUGUCUCUAUCUGAAUGUUUACACUCCAGCGAAACCUGCUGAUGAUGCAAAAUUACCUGUCAUGGUGUGGAUCCAUGGUGGAGCGCUAGUCAUGGGCUCCGCCUCCUUUUAUGAUGGAUCUGUCCUGGCAGCCUAUCAGAAUGUGGUGGUGGUGCUGAUUCAGUACAGGCUUGGAUUGCUAGGCUUCUUCAGCACUGGGGAUGAUAACGCCCCUGGAAACUGGGGACUCUUGGACCAGGUGGCUGCACUGCGGUGGGUCCAGGAGAACAUCCAGAGCUUUGGAGGGGACCCCUCGUCUGUCACCAUAUUUGGAGAGUCCGCAGGGGGGGUGAGCGUGUCACUGCAGAUUCUCUCCCCACUGAGCACUGGGCUUUUCCACCGUGCCAUUGCAGAAAGUGGUACUGCAGCCAUGGAUGUCCUCACUGGCAUUCAGCCUAUGGGCACAGCCAAGACUGUGGCAGACAUAUCGAACUGUAUUGGCACCAAACCACAGCAAAUUGUUGACUGUGUAAUGCAAAUGUCGACUGAGGAUGUUUUAAAUGUUACGAUGAAUACAGGUUGGAUCUAUGGGCCGGCCCUGGAUGGACAUUUUUUACCAAAGAAAGUGGGGGACAUUUUUGAGUCUCAGGAAUUCAACAAAGUGCCAUUAAUUAAUGGUAUCAACAAUGAUGAAUGUGGGUGGUCAGUGGUUUCGUCAAUGGCUCCACCUGGUUGGGAAGAGGGAAUGGAUUUUGAGACAGUCCAAAAGUUAAUAGCCGCCUUCUUCCCAAACACAGAAGACUGGGCCAUUGACUUGGUUUUGGAUAAGUACCUGGGGAGUGGGGAGGACCGCAUCAAAAACAGAGAUGGAUUCACAGAGCUCUUAGCAGAUCUAAUCUUCCUUAUUCCUGCCAUCAAGCUGUCGAAGGCUCACAGAGAUUCUGGAGCACCAGUUUACAUGUAUGAGUUGCAGCAUCCUCCAAGCAUACUCACGGACAAGCGUCCAAGCUUUGUAAAGGUGAACCAUGCAGACGAUAUUGCAUUUGUGUUUGGAGGCCCAUUCAUGAAAAGUCAUGUCAAGAUUAAUGGCACCUUCACAGAGGAAGAAGACGAGCUUUGUAGAACAAUGAUGUCAUACUGGGGCAACUUCGCCCGCACUGGAUCUCCCAAUGGUCCAGGGUUGACCCACUGGCCGAUGUACGGUGCUGGGGAAGAGUACUUGGGGAUCGGGCUGAAGCAGCAGGUGGGAAGCCACCUGAGGGCCAACCACUUCACCUUCAUGACGGAGACUCUUCCCAAGAAGAUCCAGGAGAUACAACAGCAGAAGCAGCAGCGCAGUGACGAGCUGUAGAAGGCUGAGCCUUAGCUCAGUUCCCUUCUCAAAGAAAUCAAAUCCAGUCUUGUUGAAUGAUGAUGAAGACUGGCUUUGUUACUUUAAACCAGCAACAAUUUUUCUACCAAUUUUAUAACAGAGAAUUGUUUAAGAUUUCUGUUCAUGGGUACGAUGAACAGCUGCUAUGAUGAAAAAGUCUGUACUCUUUUAGUGAUUUAAACAGUCUGAUAUACUGUAUACAGUAUGUGCUUGAAAAUGUUUCAAAUGAAAGCUGCAAGUUUUAAAAUAAAAUUUAGGCCUACAGUUUUCAAUAUACAAACAAAUAUUUAUUUUAUUUAUAAUCAACACUCCUUUUGAAGGCCUAAAGGAAAGCACUUUUUUCAGUGGACAAAUGCUAAACGCUUCAGAAACUUUUAUUUUAUUAAAACAUUUGAUUAAAAAAACAUGUCCUAAUCAAAUAACUUUUAAGUACUUCCUGACGAAGACUUUUGAGCCGAAACGCAUUAAAGUGUUUUUUAAUAUUGAUCUGCCCAUGAA